AUGGCUUCGCUUUCAAAGCUGCCAUCUUCGGGGAAGGCGCUGCCAGACUCCAGCAAUGCAAGAAGUGUGCCCUUUAUGAAUAUGUCGCCAGAACAAUUACUGAAGUCAUCCAUGUCAUUGGGUCCCUAUAAACCGGGUAGUGAUUGUUUCAGGUUUGAUGGGGAGGUUGGAGAUUUAAAAAUCUUCCUGUGGUGUCCUUUUCUUAAUAUAGAUGACAUAAUUCUUAGAAAGACAGAAAGUGGAAGCGCUGAAGAAAUAAAGAAUAAGAAACAGAACCGUGGAAAAAAUAACUUGAAUUCAAAAUGGGAUCAUAGGCGGAGAGAAUAUUCAAGAUACAGAAACAACUUGGAGGAAAGAAAUUGUGAUAAACCACACCACGAACCUUCUGGAUUCAAGUCUGGACAAAGCCGUUUAAACAGCCAGCCUUUAAUGAAGCAGGAGAAGUGCAAUGACAAUGAUGAGGCCCAAGCAGAGAAGAAUCAAGGCCAAUCAGAGGGGCACCAGCAUCAAUCAGAAGGAAAUCAAAAUGAUCGGGAAGGAUCUCAGGGCCAACCAGAAGAAAAUCAAUACCAUUCAGAGGGAUCCCAAGGCCACUUACACAGAUCUCAUUAUCAAUCAAAGAGAUCUUAUGGUCAAUCAAAGAGAUCUCAUGGCCAAUUAGAGAGAUUUCAUGGUCCAUCAGAGAGAUCCCAUGUCCAAUCAGAGAGAUCUUAUGGCAAUCAAAGAGAUCUUGUGGCCAAUUAAAGAGAUCUUAUCACUACUCAAAGAGAGCUUAUGGUCACUCAAAGAUAUCUUAUGGUCAAUCAGGAAGAUCUCAUGGCCAAGCAGAGAGAUAUCGAAAACACCGACCAGUAGGAAGAAUCCAAAGAUUACCCAUAACUGAUUCUGAAUAU